UAGACAAGUGGGAAAUUUGUUGAACCAAAUAACUAAUUACGUUAAAUGGGCUUCAUCCUUUUGCGGGCCAGGCCCAGAUAUAAACGGGUUUUAACAUCGGAGUUUCGGAGAACGCGGGAAGUGGCGGGGAAAAUGACCAUAAAGACCAUAACGAACAGGAUUUCAAACUACCAACAACCGUCGACGCCAUGGCGAAGAAUUCGAAGCUGCAAAGACUUCCGAACUUUGAAGCGAAUACACGCUCGGAUUAUCGUCAAUGGCUUCAACUCCGACCGCUCUGCUCUUCGAGAACUCGUUUACGUCUCGGCAGUGGCUCUCUCCACCGCGAUUCACUACGCGCACAAACUGUUCGACCAAAUUCCCGAACCGGACAUCUUCAUGUGGAACACAAUGCUCAGAGGCUCCGCUCAGAGCCCCAGACCGUCACUCGCCGUAUCACUGUAUGCACGGAUGGAGAGACAUUAUGUGUGCCCGGAUAAUUACACCUUCCCUUUCAUUCUCAAGGCGUGUACUAGGCUUUCUUGGGUUAACACUGGGUUGGUAACUCAUGGAAAGAUUGUCAAACAUGGGUUUGAAUCGAAUAAGUUUGCGAGGAAUUCCCUUAUAAACUUCCACUCAAAUUGCGGGGAUAUAAGAAUUGCACGUUGGCUGUUUGAUGGUUUGGCCAUGAGGGACGUUGUUGCUUGGUCUGCUUUGACUGCUGGCUAUGCUCGGAGAGGGGAACUGGAGGUGGCACGGAGGCUGUUCGAUGAAAUGCCGAUGAAGGACUUGGUUUCUUGGAAUGUGAUGAUAACUGGAUAUGUGAAGCAGGGAAAGAUGGAGAGCGCGAGGGAGUUGUUUGAUGCAGUGCCAUGGAGGGAUGUUGUGACAUGGAACACUGUCAUCUCUGGCUAUGUGCAUUGUGGUGAGCAUAAACAGGCGUUGGAGAUGUACGAGGAGAUGAGGAAGGCGGGCGAGCAACCUGAUGAGGCAACGAUGUUAAGCCUCUUGUCAGCAUGCACAGACUCGGGAUCUCUGGAUGUCGGGGAGAAGAUACAUUCCUCAGUUAUGAAGAUCAUGGGUGCAGGGGGAUUAAGCGUUUUUCUUGGCAAUGCACUGAUAGAUAUGUAUUCAAGGUGUGGCAGCAUCGAGAAAGCGAUUGAAGUGUUUCAUAGUAUGAGCGAAAAGGAUGUUUCAACUUGGAACCUUAUUAUCAGAGGGCAAGCUAUGAAUGGUCAUUCCGAAGAAUCAAUUCUUCUCUUUGAAGAGAUGAGGAGAACGAAGUUCAUCAUCCCCAAUGAAGUCACUUUCAUCGGGGUACUGGUAGCCUGCAGCCAUUCUGGUAAAGUUGAUAAAGGGCGCGAAUAUUUCAACUUGAUGAGAGUUGAAUACAGUAUUGAGCCAAACAUAAGGCACUAUGGAUGUAUGGUGGAUAUGCUUGCACGCGCAGGGCUGUUGAAUGAAGCUUUCGAGUUCAUAGAAGCAAUGGAGAUUGAACCCAAUGCUAUCGUUUGGCGAACUGUGUUAGGUGCUUGUAAGAUUCAUUGUAAUGUCGAGCUGGGAAGGAUUGCAAACGCACAGCUGAGCAAUCUGGGAUUGGGAGAGAGUGGUGAUUAUGUUUUGCUGUCUAACAUAUACGCUUCGCGGGGUGAGUGGGAUGGUGUUGAAAGAGUUAGGAACAAGAUGGAUGGUUGUGGGGUUUGGAAAGAACCUGGUUGCAGUCUGAUUGAAGCAGAUGAGGAAGCUUUUCUUAACUUCUUGUUUGAUUCAGAACCUCAAAGGAACAUGGCUAGUGACCAAAGUCAUACACAAUUGGACUCACCAAAUACAACAUGAACAUGAGUAUAUAGAAUGCAUGAGAUGGGGCAAUCCAACUAAGUUGGUCAGACACUUGGCUUGAUAACUGCAAAGUUCAAAGUUCCACUUCCAGGGGAGUUGUCUACUGACCUUCUUUUCGUUUGAGCCGGUUAGCUAUGGACAAUCUAAGUCGGUUUACCUUCUUGUGAGCACACCUUCAAAUAGUGACUGCGGGCUUUCUAAAGUGCCAAAGGAUCACUGGCAGAACUAGUUAUUUGAAUGAUGAUGUUGCCUCCCUUGUGUGAUAAGUCAUAAAAAAGGCAGCACAACAGCAAACCCAAUUAUCAGUGAAUGGCCAAGACUAUUCUCUUCCUGCAAUGUAGAGAUGGAAGACAAUACUAUUUAUAACUUCAUCAAAUGCUACCAUAUCAAGAAAGAUCGUCAAAACUACCCCAGCUGCCUUCGAAGAUUGGGGUAGAGCUGUUAAAACGGGUUCAAACCCGCCAAGAGUAUCUAUACAUUAUAUUGUUAUGUAUGCUCAUAAUAUACUAGCCUACAACAAAGAACCUGUUUUGUAAAUUAGAACUAAGGAGUUUCCUUUUCCAAACACAUUCAAUUCAUGAAGUUGUACAAUCAAGAAUCCACAUUUUGGCCUUAAAAUUAAAGAAGGGCUACCAUAAGGUCACAAGUUCAGUUUUU